GACGCGUUCGACACGCAGGAGCGCGUCCAGCGGGAGCGCUCGUGGACGAAGGAGCGUCCAGGACCCAUCGACAACUCGGGCCUGCUCGACUCGGGGCGGCCCGGGAAGCUCCGAGGCAACAUCGGCGAGCACGGGGAUUACGAGAUCAUCUCGGAGGGAGUCUGGACCUUGUUGCACAGCUGGUACGACGGCGGGCCCCCGAUCAAGCGCCGCGCCAUCAGCCAGCCGAGCGGGAGCGUGGUGCUGGAGCUGUACGGGCUGACGCUGAAG